GGUGGUUGCUGGUUGGUGCUGGUUACGUUGAUUUUUUCUUGCUCCUUGCAUUAAUCCCACAAUGACGUUGAAGAGAUUCUUUCGUGAGAGGCUCUUGAACAUCUCCAAGCUCUCACCACCGCAAUCCCUAACCAACUGCCGCAUCUCCUCUCCGGCUGUGCUCGGCCGGGUUCCCCAGAAUGGGAGAAAAGCGGCGACGGUGAUUGCACCGGAUCCGAGAGACAAUGGCAAGGGGAUUUUCAGGAGAUUUCUCCACGAGCGGGCGGUAUUCUCCCCGGAGAUUCGGAAGAUGCCGGUUGGGGAGACUUUGAUGGAUAAUUUGAGGGGAAUGGUGGUUGCGAAGGAUCGGAUCCGGUUGGACGGGCUUACACCGCAUCUGGCUACUAGAUCGGCGGAGAAUAGGUCCGCCGAUGUGGUGGGACUGACGGUGGAGGAUGCAAGGAAGCUGCUGAGGGUGGCGCAGCUGGAGGUUGUAAAAUCGAAGCUGAGAGAGACAGGGAAGAAUUGGAUCGCGUAUCCAGAGUACGUUAACAUCUGCAGAGAAGGUUGUUCGGGUCCAGAAGACGGAUUGCAGAUUGCGAAAUUGCUUGAUGAGUGCGGGACAGUCAUUGUCUUGGGAAACCUUGUCAUUUUGCGUCCUGAACAGGAGGUCUAAAACGUGAAAGGGUCCACGUUUGAGAUGGUAGUGAAGGACCAAAAACAAAGCCCUUCAGUUUCUUCAGGGAACAAGAUUGUUUCAGUUUUCACCUUGGGUUCAAGGUUAUGGGAUAUACCCAUGCCUUUCCUCACCCGAAAACCAAACUAAUUAAACUGAACCAAUAACUUUCAAAACUUUUAGAAUAAGGAAAGAUAGGAGAAUAUAUGGAAUGUAAAUUUUAUUUUUCUGUGUUUUUAAUUACAUUAAAGAACAGGGGUGGACCGGAUGGUGGAUGAGGAAUGAGAUCAAUACUGGCAAUUGGGAUGGGUUGAACUUUAUUUUUUUUCUUUUUAAUUAUAGGGAACAAAGAAGAAACUGACAAUAGGAAUUUGAACAGGGAAGGGAAGAAAACAAAAGCAUGAGUUCUUGUUGUAUGGGAAAAAAGAGGUCUUAGCAGACAAUAGGCAUUGAUUGUAGAAAUGAAAGCUUUAAGAAAACCAAACGUAUUUUCCUGGUUUAUUUUUCGUCUUUAGUGCUUGAUAACUAUAAACAGGCUUAAAUUGA